AUGUCCUACCCCUCCCCCAAUACCGUUGCUGCCGACCAAGGCGGCCCGUUCUACUCUGCGUCUUCGAGUCAACACCAACCGCAGCAGCAUACCGGCCUCCCAAACCCAGAUGAACUAGAAAUCGCAGCACACUUGUCUUCGCAUGGUCUUGCGACAGCCAUGAGUUCUGGCCCAGGAGGAAACAUGACCGAUAGUCAAGAUAUCAGAAAUCAAGGGCAACCCAUUAUCAACCAUCAGUAUGAGCACGAGCAAGCUCAUACUCCUCAGGGACAACCUAGCCAUGGCUCCGUGGACCAGAUGGGAGGGCAAUAUUCUACACCAGAUGGACCAAUGGCAAGCAGGAAGCGGUCAAAAGUGUCAAGAGCUUGUGACGAAUGCCGGCGCAAAAAGAUAAAAUGCGACGCGUCGGGAGAACCUGGCGAUGAGCAAUGUUCCAGCUGCAAGCGGGUCGGAACAACUUGUCAAUUCAGCAGGGUGCCAAUGAAGAGAGGACCUAGUAAAGGGUAUAUCAAAGAGCUGGCAGACCGAUUGAAUACUCUAGAAGGGGCCAUCCAUGGACAAGCGGGUGAAAUGGUACCGCAGUAUAUGACACACCAAGAAAGCACAAAUCAGCAUCGUCCAUCUGAGGAAUUUUCGCCACCUCCCCAAGGAGAAACCCCGAGGAAGAGGACUUAUUCUGCGGUCUCGGGAGGUGAAUUUGGCUCGCCGUUUAUGGCACAAAGACAAGUAGGUUCUUGGGGUCAACAACAACCGCAAGAACAUUUACGGAAUAUGGUGCACUCGAGUAUACCUUAUGCUCCCUCUCAAACAGCUCCUACCGGACAAAUGUUCAGGGAACCCAAUUAUUCCCCAAAUGGUCUUCAAUCGCAAGCUGUCUGGAGACAACCGCCACCUGAAGUGACACGCCCUCCAAGCAAUACAUAUGAAAAUAUCUUACAGGACCCCAACUACAAUGACCGGAUGUCAGAAUCCAAUGAGGCUAUUUUCGAUGGAUACUACGGGAUUAUACAUCCUACUUAUCCCAUUCUUCCAACAACUAGAACUAAGAUGUUGGCACGACUUGUAGGCUGUCCUGCGACCUUGCGAGAAGCUUUUUAUGAAGCGCUCCACGCUGCUGUCCGCUCUUACCCCUCCUCAAAUGUGUAUAACAACGAACCGCCAAGUCCUCGAAAAGCUUCCCAGCUCGUGACUUUGUCUGAGCGAGAUUCGGUACCGAUUCAAUCAUUUUCAGCAAAAUUAAUUUAUCUCCAAACAAUGCUCUUAUUAGCCACUGAAGCCGAGACACAUCCCCCAUCGUCCGCUGGACAAGAUGGCCGAUCUCGAUCAGUAUGGCUUGGUGGUGCCGUGGGUGUAGCUUAUUCGAUGAAGCUACACCUGCACAAGCCAUUUGAUAAAUUGGCCGAGAGUGAUCCCGACACAGAUGAAAAACUCGGCAGGAAGCUCUGGUGGAGCUUGGUGAUAAUGGAUCGGUGGCAUGCUUCAAGCACAGCUAGUCCAUCACUGAUUCCUGAUAGUAGCGUGGUUGUAUACCCAGAAGACCAGGCUCUAUUGGGAGAUGAUCUCUACCAAUUGGCCCGUCUAUCGAUCAUCUUGGGACAUGCCUCUGAUGUUGCGCUUGCUCCCACAGAUCUUCCUACGCUCAGUAUCACUCGAGACGCAGUAUACGGCACGCUUCUCCGAGGCGAGAUCGAGCGGUUUCGGGAAUCUCUUCCUGCAUCAGUAUUGCAGUCUUCGAAUGCACCCCUUCUGCACAUGUGCUAUUGGCAUUUGCGAAUACUGGUGGGGCUUACUCUCGUCACUAUAGAACCAUUCGACCUCAAGGAAAGCGCAUUGAACAGUCUUGCGCAGCUCGUUAACAAUCCGGGCCUCAUUUCACCAUUAACCUAUCAUUGUACCACCCUGGUUGCAUUAGUUUUCUUAGACUUGAUAGAAUACGAGUCGACACGAGAUGAGGCCGAUGAGGGACUGAGAACCCUCGUGGAGGCUCGAAAAGCACCUUCGACGUGGGAUGCGGCUGUACGGGAAUUAAUCGCCAACCGAAAGCAAGCCGCCACUAACACCGCAGCACCGCCAGUCAAUCUCAGCACAACAGAAAGCAAGCACGCUUCUGUCGCGAGCCAGAGUCUGCAACGUCUUGCUGAUCUGGCCACUGCGACCGAAGAAGGCAGGGAUGUCACCGUCAGCUCUGGUGGCGAGGAGAGAAAGGAAGGAGAGAGCAGAGACAACAGCAAGUCGGGUCCAGCGGGAGCUCGUUUCGAGAGCUUUCACAAGCUUCGAGAGCUCGUCAGGAGUGGAUAUCUGAGCGUUUUCACUGCAGGAGACGCGGGCCGGUAG